AGCCUUCUGUCUGUCACUCCUUUCCUCCCUCCAUCCCUGCCUCCCCUUCGGCUCGGGCGGACUGGCAGGAUGACUUCGGAGAUGGAGUCGUCGCUGGAGGCCAGUUUCUCGGCCAGCGGCGCCGUGCCCGAGGCCCCCGCGACCCUGCCGCCCGCCCGCUCCCGCAUCUUCAAGAUCAUCGUGAUCGGCGACUCCAACGUGGGCAAGACGUGCCUCACCUACCGCUUCUGCGCCGGCCGCUUCCCCGACCGCACGGAGGCGACGAUCGGCGUGGACUUCCGAGAGCGGGCGGUGGACAUCGACGGGGAGCGCAUCAAGAUCCAGCUGUGGGACACGGCGGGCCAGGAGCGGUUUCGCAAGAGCAUGGUGCAGCACUACUACCGCAACGUGCAUGCUGUGGUCUUCGUGUACGACAUGACCAACAUGGUGAGUUUUCAUAGCCUGCCAUCGUGGAUUGAGGAGUGCAGACAGCACCUGCUGGCCACUGACAUCCCCCGCAUCCUUGUGGGAAACAAGUGUGACUUGCGAAGUGCUAUUCAGGUGCCCACGGACAUGGCCCAGAAAUUCGCGGACACGCACAGUAUGCCUCUGUUUGAGACCUCUGCUAAGAACCCCCACGACAACGACCACGUGGAAGCCAUCUUUCUCACGUUGGCUCACAAGCUCAAGAAUCACAAACCCUUAAUGCUCAGCCAGCCUCCAGAACACGGGGUCCUCCUGAAGCCAGGACCCAAACCUGCAAUGACUUGUUGGUGCUGAGUGCCUGGUUGACUGUUCAGGCUUUGGCCUCAGAAUCCCUCCUACCUAUCAGAAGAGGCGAGGCCAUGGGGAGUUGAGCCCAGUAGAAGGAGGAGCAUUCCUGACACUCUUCUUGGCUCCUUUGCUUUUGUCUCUUAUCUGCUUAAUCAGGUUUGUCCCCAUUCAGCACCCAGGAAAAGGCCAAGGCCAUUCUCCGGGGAAGCUGAAAAUGAAGUGCUCGAGCCAGGCUGCCCUAGCCAAGGAGGUUUCAUGCAGUACUGUGUGCUGGGGUCCGCAUAAAGCAGGGAAUGUUUAAUUCUGUAUUUCCAAUGAUGCCUUUGAAGGAAAAAUGUUCCUAGCAAGAUGCCAGCUGACUGUUCGCCUCGCUAGAGUUUUUUUCAUUGUAUGAAUAUAAUCAGUUACUUGUUAUUGGUACAUUUGAGAGUCAAGACUUGACUUUUGACAGCAAAAGAAAGGCGUAAAAUGAUUUUGGAGUCUCUGAAGGAUGUUCCAAGAGUUCUAGGUAUUUGAUAUCUCUAAGCAAUAGCAAACAGUUCUAAAAAUCUGUAAUUUAAGAAAUGGUUUAAAUCAUAGUGUUUUUUUCUUUUUGUACUAAAUGGUAUUAGAACUUGCAAAAAGAAGUCCUAUUUGAAUGUAAAUGAUGUGAUAGCACCAGGUGCUCUAUAUUUGAUUUUGGUAUCAUUACCCGGUGUAAAAUGAACUGAACAGUUGAGCAGUAACUUGGAGUGAUCAGGA